AUGUCCAUUUCUAAAGUUCACGCACGUCAAAUUUUCGAUUCCCGUGGUAAUCCAACUGUUGAAGUUGACCUUACCACUGAAAAAGGAGUAUUUCGUGCAGCAGUUCCUUCUGGAGCAUCUACUGGAAUUCACGAAGCUUUGGAAUUACGUGACGGAAUCAAGGCUGAUUAUGUUGGAAAAGGCGUCUCGAAAGCUGUUUCCAAUAUAAACGAUAUAAUUGCACCCAAAAUCAUCAAAGCACCUUUAAAUGUUAAAGAUCAAAAAGCAAUUGAUGAUUUUCUUUUGAGUUUGGAUGGAACCAAGAAUAAAUCUAAUCUUGGAGCCAAUGCAAUUUUGGGAGUUUCACUUGCGGCAGCUAAAGCGGGUGCAGCAGAAAAAGGAAUUCCACUUUAUCAACACAUCGCCGAUCUUGCCGAAAGUAAAAAACCUUUCGUACUUCCUGUACCAGCAUUUAAUGUAAUUAAUGGAGGAUCACACGCGGGUAAUAAAUUAGCUAUGCAAGAAUUUAUGAUCCUUCCUACUGGAGCAAAUUCAUUUACGGAAGCAAUGAAAAUGGGAUCAGAAGUUUAUCAUACAUUAAAAUCAGUUAUUAAAAAGAAAUAUGGACAAGAUGCUACAAAUGUAGGAGAUGAAGGUGGAUUUGCACCAAAUAUUCAAGAUAAUAAAGAAGGUCUUGAAUUAUUGGUAGAAGCUAUUGAAAAAGCAGGAUAUAAAGGAAAAAUUACGAUAGGAAUGGAUGUAGCAGCAUCAGAAUUUUAUAAAGAAGGGAAAUAUGAUUUAGAUUUUAAAAAUCCUAAUUCAGAUGAAACCAAAUGGAUUUCAGGUCAUCAAUUGAGUGAUUUAUAUAAUGAAUUUAUUCAACAAUAUCCAAUUGUUUCAAUUGAAGAUCCUUUUGAUCAAGAUGAUUGGAGUGCUUGGAGUCAUUUAACUGAUAAAGUUAAUAUUCAAAUUGUUGGUGAUGAUUUGACUGUUACUAAUCCUGAAAGAAUUCUUACGGCAGUUGAAAAGAAAGCUUCUAAAUUAUCUCAAAAUUCAGGCUGGGGAGUAAUGGUAUCUCAUCGUUCUGGUGAAACUGAAGAUACCUUUAUUGCUGAUCUUGUAGUAGGUCUUCGUACUGGUCAAAUUAAAACUGGUGCUCCGUGUCGUUCUGAACGUUUAGCAAAAUAUAAUCAAAUUUUACGUAUUGAAGAAGAAUUAGUUUUUAUUAUUAUUUGA